CAAUUUUGUGUGACUACAAACAACAAGAGACAAUCGUCACAGCUAAUCUUAGCACUGAUGCCCAUGUCUCUAUAUGUUUUUUAGUAAACAAAGAAAUACCUCAAAAUUUAGUAAUGCAAUACAACAAUAGAUGGAGCAGAGAAGAUGCUAACGAUGAUAAAAUCAAAUUUGACGUCAUUCGAGACACUACAGAUAUUUUGCAUAAGACACUCAACAUAACUAUAAGAAAUAUCAAUGUUAGUGACUACGGAAAAGUGGACAUAGCCUUACCUGUUAAUGAUUUUCAAGUGUUAAAAUUUAGGUUAUAUAUUACAAGUGAAGGUAGGUAAUACAAUAAGUAUUACAUGAAUAGCCAAAGCACACUUAUCUACAAAGCUCAAACAUUGUUACAACUGAAAAAAAAAUUAAACGGAUCCCAAUUAAAGCAGUUUGAAAUUUUAUAAAAUUGUAAAGAAAACACAACAAACUGGAGUAAUACAUAGGCUCUAUUAAAAAGAAAUAAUAAUAAUAGUGCUAUGAAACCUAGUAACACUAUUUUUACUUUUCUUUAUCCAAUAUACAGGUAAUCGAACAGUUCACAUUCAUCAUAGUGAAAAUGACAAAGAAUUU